AUGGCGUUUGCCAGCACCAUGGCCCCGCUGUCCCUGCCAUCCGCGCUGUCCCUGCCAUCCCCACCAUCCCUGCCAUCCCCACCAUCCCUGCCGUCCCUGCCGUCGCUGCCAUCACUACCAUCUCCGCCCUCCAGCCUUUCUUCAGAACUUCCAAAAUCUCCCAUUUGGGAUUCCCGAGAUGCCCGUGGCAAAGACUCGGGGUUCCUGGGGGAUGAAGACCACGGGGUGGCUGGUGCUGACGUCUCCCAGCCCGACCCCACUGGGGUCCCCCCUUCCAUGCCCAGGGAUGUCCGUGACCCCGGCCAGGCCGAGGUGGAGCAGGGUGUGGAGCUGCGCAAAUGA